UUUCCGGUUGGCGCAGGCGCUGACCAGAACCUGUUCUGCUCAUUGGGCUGUUGAGCGUGGAUGGCUGGGAGUUCCUUUUCUGCGUUUGGCCCUUUUCCUUUUCUGCGUCCUUCCCGCUAAAUUGUCCAACGAGGGUUGCUAGGCAACAGUCGCCGGGUUACUUUGGAUUAGGGUUGCUGCCCUACUUGGGGCCGAAGAAAGGAGCCUGCGGCGUAGUGGCUCUGCUGAGAACGGAUACACAGGUGCCAACUGCCCUGACGUGGAAGCGGCGGAGGUGACGAGCAAAGAUUGACAGUGAAGAUUAACAUUUGAAUUAUUUCCAGAUGAGCUUCCUAUUGCCCAAGCUGACCAGCAAAAAGGAAGUAGACCAGGUGAUAAAAAGUACUGCAGAGAAGGUGUUGGUUCUCAGGUUUGGGAGAGAUGAAGAUCCUGUCUGUCUGCAGCUAGAUGAUAUUCUUUCUAAGACCUCUUCUGACCUAAGUAAAAUGGCUGCUAUAUACCUGGUAGAUGUGGACCGAACUCCUGUUUAUACACAGUAUUUUGACAUCAGUUAUAUUCCAUCGACUGUCUUUUUCUUCAAUGGGCAGCAUAUGAAAGUGGAUUAUGGAUCUCCAGAUCACACUAAGUUUGUGGGAAGUUUCAAAACCAAACAAGACUUCAUAGAUUUGAUUGAAGUAAUCUAUCGAGGAGCAAUGAGAGGAAAACUUAUUGUCCAAAGUCCUAUUGAUCCCAAGAAUAUUCCUAAAUAUGACCUUCUCUAUCAAGACAUUUAGUACACUGUCUGCCGUCAAAGAUGAAGAGAAAGGUGCAUCUUGAAGCAGUACCUGAAUCCCAGCCGUGCUGUUUCCUGGAGUCCUUCAGAAACGUGUUCAGUGUCCCUGCGGAGAAGAGCUUUGGCGCGCGUGUAAAAUACCAGCCCCUCAGGAGAAAAAUCACACUGGUUCCCCGUUUAUCUGAGAUGCCCAAAUGUCUGCUCCCUGCGAACCUCAGAGCAGUCAAGCCGGUGGUGUUCAGUUUCCCCAGGGUGAUUUGGUUUUUUACCUUCUCUUUAUAGCGUGCUUUCUUUAUACUUUAAGAUAAUACAGAAUCCUCCCAAACACUGACUAGUAAAAUUUGAGUUCAUCCUGUUUAUUUGACACAUAAGUAAAAUCAAGAGUCAGUUCCCAUCAGAGCAAAAAUACAUAUUUUCUACCCUACACGUGUGCACACGUGCACAUACACACAUACACACACACACACAAAGUCUCCAUUCCCUAUUACCCCAGUUUCUCUUAGAAUAAUUAAUUCUCUACUGAGUAGAGAAUAGCUCUUCUUGCCCGUUUGUUUUAUUUUGGAGCCUUUCUGGCUCUGACUUUUAAAACACUGUCCUGUUUGGCUCAUUUAACUAGCUUUUAUGUUGUUAAAUUGCCAAAGAAGUGAGAACUUGAAACUACACCAUCCAGCACCCAAUUGGUGUGAAAGAAAGGAUCAACUACUCUUAGUAAGUAGGAACAGAUCUCUCCCAGAAGUUGCCGCCCCUUCCUAAGGCAGAAAAUUGUAUUUCAAGGACUCAAAACUAAGAUAUGUCAGAAUUAUUAGAAAGAAACACCACCUUUAUGGGAUUUGCCUGUUUUGAUAACUUUAUGAGGAAUUGUUGGCCUUCCAGGAUCACCUGGCACUACCCUGGGCAAGCUACUGCUCUUCUGAAAACCUCAUGGCAGCUUUGGCAUUGACCUUCUAGGAUGGGAGGGUGGGUGCGCAGUUCUAAUUCAGGGCAGCACCAUCACUGCAAGUCCAGCCCCCUUUGCCAAGUGCUUCCUUUCCAAGUCUCUCCUGUAGGAGGAGUGACCGCGAGACUUUGUUCUGGCUAAUGUAGCAUAGAGGGAAGGCUGCUGGGCUCCUUUUUUGUCCUCCAUUGAUAAAAGGAGAGACCCACUCCAGCAAUAAGACAAAACAAAACCCUGUCACCACCACUUGUCUUCUCCUCCCCUCCACUUCCUGCUAUUGAUUUAAUCACGAUGCAUGGAGCUACAGCAGCUGUCUUAGGACCAUGAGGCGACCAGCAUCAGGAUGAAAACUCAAUAUGCUGAGAAGAAUGGUAAAAAGAGCCUGAUGCCUGAUGAUGUUAUUGAGCUACUAAGUGAACUCCAGACCUGCCUCUUUCCAACUUCUGUGAAAGAAUAAAUGUCUUCAUUGCCUAAGUCA